AUGCCGGCCCAGGCCAAUUCCAAUGCUACAUCACCAAUUCUAGAGUAUUUUGAUACCGUGUCACACUCGAAACUCGGCGCUCCUGCCCUUUUCCGGUGCUGGGCGUAUGCCGACGAUCUUUCCAUGGUUGUUUGGUCCAGGUCGUAUAGGGACAACUGCCGACCCUUGACACAGCUGCACAAAAAGCUCAUUGACAUAUUCGGCAAGCCGGCUGAUGGGGAUUUUGAGCCGAUCGAGAUCAGUGAUGAAGUUGAAGAGUCUAUACAUCAGCAGCCGGCGUCUGGGGAGGAAAUGGACGGCAGACCCGAGGAUUGGGAAGAGAUUGACUGGAAUGCGAACGAGCUGGGUGUCGAGUUCGGCCCCGAAAAAUACGCCAUCAUACAUUAUCGUCGUUACGGCCCCAAACCUGAACCGAGCGAUGUUCCCGAGAUACCAGAUUUGAAGAUCAUCUCGAGCAUAUCAAGGCUAAGGUGGAACGACGAAUGA